AUGGAAUCUACAGAAGCAAAGACGGAAUCAAAGGAGCGAAGUUUCGCUCCACCGCCAAGGGAUCAAUGGACUCUGAUUACACAAGGAGCUGAAGCAAGGAUAUGGAAGGUUCCUCCGUUCGACAACAACGAUUCCUUAAUAUGCAAGGAAAGGUUCCCAAAAUCAUAUCGGCAUCCUGACCUAGACGAACGAUUGAUUAAAAGCCGGACACGAUCGGAAGCUAGAGUGCUUGAGAAAUGCGCAAAGAAGUCGGAAAUAAGAGUUCCAAAGGUUAUUCGAGUGGAACGAAAUAUAUUAUACAUGGAAUGCUUGGAUGGUCCCACACUCAAACAGUAUCUUCGAGAUGCUGUAAUUUCCGACAGCACUGAAGUCGACUACAAAAAUUUGUUUCAGAACCUCGGCACGUUGAUUGCUCGUUUACACAAUCUAGGAGUAAUUCAUGGCGACCUCACUACAUCCAAUGUGCUGAUGGAAGGUCAAGAGUUAAUUCUCAUUGAUUUUGGCUUGGCGAAGUCUACGUCAAGUGUCGAGGAACAAGCAGUGGAUCUAUAUGUGCUAGAACGAGCACUACAGUCAACUCAUCCAGAAUUGCCUGAAGAUUUCUUUGACAACGUUUUGAAAAUAUAUGAGGAGGUUGCUGCUGUCCAGACGAAAAAGCAUUCCCACAGCACUCUUCAGAGAUUGGAACAGGUACGACUACGAGGGAGGAAGCGUGAGUGUUUUGGGUAA